UUUGAUUGGGCAUAAUUCCAUCAUCUCUGUGGAGGUCAACAGCUGACCUAUAAUGAAAUGUAUGACAUACGGUAAUGGAGAGCUUUGUUGAUAUUAACAGAUCAUAUGAGAAUAAAACCUUUUAGAAAAUCAUUGGUGGGGAUUUAGAUGUGACAAUCAGGUUACUUUAAUGAAGUAUGGGGUUAUAGAUAGAGGAUAUGUACAAAAAUACUUCUCUUUUAUUACUUUGAAAGAGGCCCAAACAGAACUGUUUAACCUGAACUGCAGGAUGAUAAACUUCAUCCACAGUUUGAAGGAGAGGUGUGAUCUGGAUCCUCAAGACUGUGUGGACCUGAUGGACAGGACAGGGGAGCUGGUGAACCUGAGUGACAAGGAGGAGAGCAUGGAGCAGGCCAGCAGUCUGAUGAAGAAGAGGCACAGCUACGUUCUCAUACGCAUCUGCAAAGGUGACAGGACUGAAGGGCAGAAGUAUGUGCCACUCUUAAAUGACCUGGACAAGAGCCAUCCUGAGUUAGUAGGUAAUGCCAAAAACACGUUCAUCCACAGCACAGAGGUCCUAAAGAAGCUGUCCAACCCCUGUAAGGAGCGGGACAGAAAGGGUGGUCCGUCAAGGAAAGGCUCUGUUAACCAGACCUGGAGCAAGGCCACCGCUGGAAACAAGAAGAGCCAUUCUGGAAAACUUUGACUAUGAUGAGAGGAGAGGAGGAAAGGUGAAAAUUAUGGUGAUGGACAUGCAUGAAUAAAACGAUGUGAUCCACAUACUAAUACAGUAAAUGUGUUGGUGCUGUGGUUCUCUUCACUCCGAUUUUUUUUAACAAAGGUACAUUUAGGUUGAUAAAUUAACAUUCCAACAUAUCCCAAUUGGUAAUGUAAGAAUGUUACAUGUCUGCUGUGCAUACUAGAGGCUGGUAUAGGCCCAGAAACGUUUUGUACUCAUAUAGUACUAUUUGUGAGAAUUAGGCUAUAUGGACCACUUAUUAAAUGCAUAAAUCUACCUAUCCAUGUAUUCACAACAAUGAAUGAAGUUAAAAUAAAAUACAACAAUUGUUGAACAACUAGUAAAGGGAGCAUAUAUAUUUGUAGAUACAGUUCCUAGUCUUAUACCACAUAGUUUUCUAUACAAUACAAGCUUUGUCUAUACUAUACCUGACCUGUCAUAGACUUCCUAACUGUAGUCAGUGUAAAGCAUGACUCAUGAUGAUAUAUGACAGAGAAACGUGAUAGAAUCGGACAGGUUGCAUAACCGCAGCAAAAGUAAAUAUAUGACUGUUUAUUUUGCCCAAUAGACGACGGGGUGGGCUUACUGGGCUAUCGGGUUCACUAACAGAAGCACAAGGCUUGGACAGUGGAACUUGUACAGAAGGAGCCUCACAAUGUCGGGGUCUGAGUUUGAAUCUUUGGAGAAGACACUGGAGACACAUAUUCCAGAUGAGGAAUUGAAAGAAGUGAAACGAAUCUUGUUUGGAAAAGAAACCAAGUGAGUUGUUGUUGAAUUCUGCGCUCGGCCCUAUCAGGCUGCAGAAGUCUCCUUGUCUGUAUGCUGAGCCUGGUCUCAUAGACUAGACGUAACAUAGUAAAAGUAAAUCCGGGGCAUGCAAAUUAGUAUGAUAUGUAAAGUUUGGUACGGUUACAUGAGACAGAAGGUUACUUAAGGCAAAAACGAAAGGAGAGUGGUUGGUCGGGGUGGAUGGGUGAGCGCAGUGCAUAAUUUGAGACAGAUCCUGGCAGAACAGGAUCCUGCACCUCUCCAUUUUGCACUGUUUCGUUCCGCAAACCCAUUUGUCAAGAUCUGGUAUCUCUAUUGCCAUAAAAAAUAAUUGUCACUGUUUGCAAUGUAAAAAUUAUAAUAAAAGCAAUCAGAGUUCAUUCAAGUUGCCUCCUCCGUAAUUAUCCUGCCCCUUAAAAACGUAAUGUGAAAAAGUGCCUGAUAUUCUGCGAAUUGAUUUGAGUCGGGCCGGCCCGGGUUCUUUGUUUGCGAAACAUGUAGCCUAUAGACCAACUUGUGGCCUUUGCUGUGGUGAGAGAGAGAAGCACGCCUGUAUCUCUCGCAGAACUUUUUAUGAUCUCUGUCCCUCUCUCUGCUCUGAUGAACAUGAGCUUGCAACUCUCAUCUCUCCAGCAUUACAGUUCAUAAUUUAUUUCCUUAUAUGUACCCCAGCACCCCUGAUACAUUUAAACACUUUUGCCAAAGUUAUAGAAUUACUGCUGCCUGUUCAAAAAGAAGUGAAAUAAUUCAGAAGACUUCUCCAGGAGUAGGCCUAUAAUUUAGCCACAGAGAAUUAUUUUUUUUGCCUAGCUGUAGAUUGUGUGUAGCCCAAUCACAAUCGCCUACAGCUGGGAACGUGCAGAAAAUCGUUCAGUGAACAGAACGUAGCUAAAACAGGCCUUUCCCAGUAUUUCAAAUACAAUCACCGGAAAACACAGAUUGGAAAGUAAAUGGCUCCUGCUGAAAAGAGAAGAAUAAUCUGCCUGUAAGAACCUGCUCAAUCUUCUCUGUUGAGGAAGGGGUGCUAAAGGGGGGUUUUGACAAAUAAGGAGAAAGUGUAUGGGGGGACAAUAAGCAAAAACACACCCCUCUAAAUAUGAACAAUGCAUAACUAAGUAACCAUAUUGUCACGUUCCUGACCUUAUUUUCCCUUAUUUUGUAUUUAUUUAGUAUGGUCAGGGCGUGAGUUGGGGUGGGUUGUCUAUGUGUGUUUUCUAUGUU